AUGGUUCUUGUUGCCUGCUGGCCACCUACCGACCCCUACCUCAACAUGUUCACCACGAUUCUUUUCUGCCUGUUCGUUUCAGUUAUUUCACAACAGAAGAAGAUCGUCACAGUAGGAAUUGCUGCUGUUGAAAAAUGUGCUACCAUCAUUCAUGGGUUUCUCACAAAAGCGGUGGCGCCUAUCGGCCUAGCACUCGACCGAAUGCGUUCCGAGGGUAUAACCUAUGGAUUUGACUUCAAGUUUGUGGUGAAUUACACCGAAUGCAGUUCUGAGACGGCGGUCGGAGUGGCUCUGGAGCAAAUGGUGAAGCAGAAUGUGGAUGUCGUUAUUGGUCCUCCUUGCCCAACAUGUUAG